AGUAGCAAAAGAAGCUUUGAGUUAUUGGAAGGUAGUUGUGAGUUCAUAGAAUCCAUGGCUGCAUCUACCAGUACUUGGUCGAAACCAUGGCUCCUUUCAGCGUGGCAAUUGCUAUUCAUGUUGCUGUUUCCGUCGGUUUUCUCAACCUUCGCCGUCGCUUAUAGACCUGGCGACAUCGUUCCCAUGAGCCGCAUGGGUCAAUACCACUCCUCUAGAACGGUUUGGCACGAUCUCAUUGGCCGCCACUGCCCCAUCUUUGCCGUCAAUCGCGAGGUUUUGAUGCCUAUACCCAAGCCAACGGGUUAUACAGGAGCUGAUCCUUAUAAAAUAUCAUUUCAAGUUGGAAGAGAAAAAUUCUUAAUCCCAUGGCUUCUGAUUGUAAAUCGGAAAAGUACAGAGGUCCCGAUGAUCGAAGUAGAGCUGAGGUAUUCAGGUAACGAUUUCCAUGGUGUCACUGCAAAAGUUGUCGAUAUGCCUCAUCACUAUGUUGAAAUUCAUCCUGAGAUUCGGAAACAAUUCUGGGAUUCGCAGCAUUGGCCAAAGCAUAUACUUGUGAGAUAUACAUGGUUGGUAUUAUUUGAUUUGCGGCUAAAUAUAUUCAUACUCUGUAUAUUUUGCCACUCCAAGCUCAAAAAAGAAGGAGCAUUCAGAUAUAGAUGUAGCUUCUGGAUUUUACGUUCUGUUUGGUUCAGGGCUCAUGUUAUCUUUCAUCCUCUCAAUCUAUAUAUUGCAAUCAUCACGGGAAAAAUUGGAAAGAUUUGUAAGGGAGACUGUUGUAGAAAGCAACAUGCCUGGUGAGGUGAUAGCCAAAGUUGAAUGAUGGACGAGUGAGUUCCCUUUUUAUCCUUAAUAUAAGGAUGUAUAUUGUAAUAUUUUGUUAAUCUCAGCUGUGGGAAAGCAUGUACAAGAACAAAUUUAAAUGUAGGAUAUAAUAGUGAGGUGACUGCCCAAUUUGAUCCAUUUCUUGAGAUAUUUAUCACAUUUUUCACUGGUCGAAAA